GCUCGUGGGGGCCGCCGGGAGCUGUAGUCGGUCCCGCCCGGCCAGUCAGCGCGGUGUUUGUUGCCCGCCUUGCUCACGGAGCCCAGAGCCACCGCCCAGGGGGAUGCGGGAACCCCCGGUUCGGAGGAACAGAGAGGCAGGCGGGGUGAAGGGCGUUGCCAGGCAACGGACUAGCGCUACGGUUGGGGAGGAGCCGAGGACGGCAUGUCCCAGGCCCCAGGAGCUCAGCCAAGCCCACCCUCCGUGUACCACGAACGGCAACGCCUGGAACUCUGUGCUGUCCACGCCCUCAACAACGUCCUGCAGCAGCAGCUCUUCAGCCAGGAGGCUGCCGAUGAGAUCUGCAAGAGGUUGGCCCCAGAUUCCCGGCUGAACCCCCAUCGCAGCCUCCUGGGCACCGGAAACUAUGACGUCAACGUGAUCAUGGCCGCCCUGCAGGGGCAGGGCCUGGCCGCCGUGUGGUGGGACAGAAGGAGGCCCCUGUCCCAGCUGGCGCUGCCGCAGGUGCUGGGGCUGAUCCUGAACCUGCCCUCGCCCGUGUCGCUGGGGCUGCUGUCCCUGCCACUGCGCCGGCGGCACUGGGUGGCCCUGCGCCAGGUGGGCGGCGUCUACUACAAUCUGGAUUCCAAGCUGCGGGCGCCCGAGGUCCUGGGGAACGAGGACAGCGUCAGGGCCUUCCUGGCGGCCGCGCUGGCUCAGGGCCUGUGCGAGGUGCUGCUGGUGGUGACCAAGGAGGUGGAGGAGAAGGGCUCCUGGCUGCGGACAGACUGACCCUGAGGAGGAGGGGGCACAGCCGCCUGCCCGGCCUCCAGGAGGAGCCAGCCCGGCCAACAGCCUGACUCUAACCCGGUGAGACUCACUUUGGACUUCGACCUCCAGAAAUGUAAGAGAAGCAACGUGUGUUGCUUCCUUUUUUAAUACUUUUUAUUAGAGGAUAGUUGGUUUACA